AUGACUGGUAGACUCGUGUGUGGUGGAAACUACGAAGUGAUAGAGCGGAUAGGUGAGGGGUCUUUUGGUGAGGUAUUCAAGGCUGCUCACAAAGUAACUGGCGUCCAGUACGCCAUAAAGCGAGAAUUGGAUGACCCUCUUUAUGUGCCUCAGUUGGAACACGAAGUCUCUGUGAUUCGGCGUCUCGAAGGCAACGACUUUGCCCCAAGAUGCCAUUGGUACGGCGUAGAAGGUGACUACCAUGCUGCAGUGCUUGAUUUACUAGGCCCAAACUUGAAGAGUGUUAAGAUGACUUUUCAUCAUCUCCCUCAUCGCUUUGUAAUCGAUCUGGCUCUUCAGAUGAUUGAAAUCAUAGAAACAGUUCACUCGUAUGGCAUAGUGUAUCGGGACAUAAAACCUGAUAAUUUCCUUCUAGAACCAACUUUCUCUCUUCCAAAGCGGCAAAUAAAUGCUGAAGCUUCUGACGACGAAGAUGCGUUUCUCAAAGACGUCCCAGACUGCUCUUACCUUUUCAAAUCGGGCCAUAAAGUAUACCUAGUAGAUUAUGGUCUGACUGACGAUUGGCGAGACAAGGAGACUGGCAAGCAUAGACCAAUAGGGCAUACUCCGCACAAGGCAGGCACUGCAAGAUACUCUAGUCUCAACAUACACCGGGGAUUCAUACAUUCUCGUCGUGAUGAUAUAGAAGCGUUGGGAUAUGUAUUCGUGGAUCUGAUGAAAUUCAAAUUACCAUGGACAGGAAUACAGGCUAGAACUUCAAAAGAAGGCUGGGCAAAGAUGCUGGAAAUGAAAACUGGCACUUCACUUGAAGAACUGUGUGAAGGAUGUCCACGUGCUUUUAUGAAUUACAUCGAGUAUGCGCGAAGCCUCCGCUACGACGAAGAACCAAACUAUUCUUACUUGCGCAAGCUGAUCUCAUCUGCGUAUGGCAAUGGUCCAGAAGCUGAACUUAUCAUCCUUUCCGACAUCCCCCCCGGUUUACGAUCUCGUUCGUUAUCUCCAAUCCAUGGUUCUCCCAGCCCAACUAAACCACGCUUUGCUCGAGCACCCGAAGACUAUCGUCUCCUUUCGCCUCCGCCCUCACCUGGCUCCAAGCGUGGCAACCAGUUCCGUCCUCGAUUUGUGUAUGACAAGUGUGCAGAUGGGUCUAGGUCUCGAUCUAAUUCUAUGACUAUCACGCCUACCGGUAUACUGCCACCGAGGUCAAAAGCAUUGUCUCCACAGAGAACGUAUUCAUUACCAUAUAGCGAGUCUGGAAAUGUAGAUGCAUUCCCAACGAACGGUAACCAUCCGAACGGACGCGAGAAUGAACGUCGCACGAAACGGCCCGACGCUUAUGUACCACCACACAGAGAGCAUAACAAUAGACAAGCUGGAUUGAAUAUUGUAUGGCGGAAGAAAGAUGUAGUAAAGUGGGAGGAUAUAUGCGAGAAAGCAGCAGCUGAUUGGCGAGGUGGACAUUCUCACGGUGACAAACCUAAUAAAGCGAGGAAACCUCUGCAUAUGGGUAGAGCUAAUGGAUCGUUUGCCGAUGGUUUGAUCAAUAGAAAGGGUGUGUUAAAGCGGGAGAAUAUAAGCGAGGAAGCCAAUGCUAAACGGAAGGAUGAACACGCUGGAAAAGUGGAUAAAUUUGACCACGUUAACCGAGAUAAUAACGAAACCACUAAUAGCAGCAUCCGCAUUCAAGAGAGAGGCCCACGAACUCCAUUGCCCGGCCACCUUUAUGAACAUCAUGAUCCGUUCAAAGGCUUUGAUGGUGAACAGGGGUCGAACGGAUGGAUAAAUGAUGUAGAAGAUGAAGGCCAGCUGCUGGAAGAGGUUGCAACUUGGGGUAAUGGCAAAGUGAAAAUUCCCUGGAUAGAUUCUCGAAAUCCCCACCAUCGGUUUGAUCAUCCUCAGCAUGCAGAAUCUCAAAAAUUCCACACGAUGCCAUCUGGAAACAGAGAAUUCUUCUCUCGCCGGCCGUCUGUUCCCUCUCCAUUGUCUAUUCCACCGGCGACUUCGAAUCAAGCUGUUCAAUCAGCCCGGGAUUAUUCUUCAGCGCGAGGAGGGAACUCUGAAGAGAACCAAACUCUGACACCUCGUCGCAGCUCCCCAAACAUCCGUGAGGCAUCAUUGGCUGCAAGACUUUUCAAACGCAGUGUUCCAAACCUUCGCGAAGCUGUCUCGAAAACGGCGGUCAUUCCACCACCAUCGGCAACCAUCCAACGUACAAUGGCUCAUCGACAAGAAUUCACCCCACAGUCUCUACCGUUACCGCAGAGUGCUAAAAGGAUCUCACCACCUAAUAGUUAUAAUUCUCGACCUCACGGUGGAAGAGAAUUAUCGCCCGUAAACGAUCAGAAGGGCACGGCGAAUUGUGAAACGAGAUAUUCGCCGCAGGACGCUAGGUAUACGCCGCAGGAUGCGCGAUACAGCUCUCAGGACGUACGAAAUCCGUUCCAAAGUCUGCGUUACACACAAGAUGCACGACAUUCGAACGGGAACUAUUAUGGGCAUAAUAGAGAUAAUCGCAGACGUGACAGAGCAUAUACAAUAGGUCACGCAAUGUCGGGAAAGAAAUCAUCUCAUCCACAAAUACCGAAUUUCAACCCUAGCCCUUCUUUACCUGCGCAAGUCCCACCUCAACCAGUACGGCGUCAAAGUCAUCAGUUUACGAGAGAACGAUCACACACGUUUACUUCAUUUACCGAAAAGAUAAAUCAGUUAAACAAUCGAGUUAACCCGACCACGCCAACCACACCGAAAACACCUAAAGCAAGUCCUGCGGUCAUGACGCAACAUGUUCACUUGCAAACACGAGAAAGAUCAAACACGUUCACAUCAUCUCGUGGAACAGAAUUUUCUCGUACUGGACGGCAUCGCCCUCCGCCGUUACAGCAUAUUCAAUCCAAUUACACGCGAAACGGGGGAUAA